CGCCUCUGGUCUGGUGUGUGAGGAAGGCCCUAGGCCGGGGCCUGCCGUGGUGGGAGUCGCCGGACGCCGGGGCUCGCGACCGCUCUACGUCCUCUCCACGCCACCUUCUGCCAUUUCGCGGCCCCAGAGGGCUGGGCGCGGGGAAGACCUGCCGGCGCCAUGGAAGACGAGGUAGUCCGCAUCGCCAAGAAGAUGGACAAGAUGGUGCAGAAGAAGAACGCGGCUGGAGCAUUGGAUUUGUUGAAGGAGCUUAAGAAUAUUCCUAUGACCCUGGAAUUAUUACAGUCCACAAGAAUUGGAAUGUCAGUUAACGCUAUUCGCAAGCAAAGUACAGAUGAAGAAGUUACAUCUUUAGCAAAGUCUCUCAUCAAAUCCUGGAAAAAGCUAUUAGAUGGACCAUCAACAGAAAAAGACCCUGAAGAAAAGAAAAAAGAACCUGCAAUUACAUCACAGAAUAGCCCUGAGGCAAGAGAGGAAAGCUCCAGUGGCAACGUGAGCAACAGAAAGGAUGAGACAAAUGCUCGAGAUACUUACGUUUCAUCUUUUCCUCGGGCACCAAGCACUUCUGAUUCUGUGCGGUUAAAGUGUAGGGAGAUGCUGGCUGCUGCUCUCCGAACAGGAGAUGACUACGUUGCCAUUGGAGCUGAUGAGGAAGAAUUGGGAUCUCAAAUUGAGGAAGCUAUAUACCAAGAAAUAAGGAAUACAGACAUGAAAUACAAAAAUAGAGUACGAAGUAGGAUAUCAAAUCUUAAAGAUGCAAAAAAUCCAAAUUUAAGGAAAAAUGUAUUGUGUGGGAAUAUUCCUCCUGAUUUAUUUGCUAGAAUGACGGCAGAGGAAAUGGCUAGUGAUGAGCUCAAAGAAAUGCGGAAAAACUUGACCAAAGAAGCCAUCAGAGAACAUCAGAUGGCCAAGACAGGUGGAACGCAGACUGACUUGUUCACAUGUGGCAAAUGUAAAAAGAAGAAUUGCACCUACACUCAGGUGCAAACCCGUAGUGCUGAUGAACCGAUGACCACAUUUGUUGUUUGCAAUGAAUGUGGAAAUCGAUGGAAGUUCUGUUGAGUUGGAAGAAUUGGCAAAAUAUCUGGACCAUUAAGAAAACGAAUUUUGUAAUUAGCUUUCAAACUAGGCCAAGCAACUAGUUUUCCUGCAAAACAAAUUUUUAAAGCAACAUACAUCCCUUGGAUUAAUCUGUUUUCAACUGAACAUCCCUUCCUUUAAAUGCCUUUUGUAGUCAGAUCAGUAGGGCCACCAUAUAUUAAUUAUAUGGCAUCUGUUUUAUAAGUAAGUUGACAUUAAACUUUCAUCAGUUAAACUUUCAGUAAUUUAAGGUUUUUUUCUCCUUAAAAAAGUUCUUUAACUUUUACAUUCUGAAACAUACACAGUAGAUAUUUUCUGUCACUCUGUUAACCCAUAAAUGAAAAUUACAUUGUUUUCUAUAUUGGCAUGUACUUACACCAGAUAUUACAGGAAUAUAAAAGGUAAUAUAAUUUUAAGUUUACCAAAUAUGGUGUGUAUUCAAAUGAUACUUGACCAGCUUAUCUAAAUUGUAUAUAAUAUUUGAACUAGCACAUGAAUUUGAUUUUAAUUAUUCACAAGCCUGGAUAAUUAGAUAUUAUUUUGCAUCUGUAACUAACCAUGAUCAUCAUUUCUUGUAUAUGUAUAUUACUUGUUCUUAAUAGAUUUUACUUUUGGAAAUAUGACUUGACUUUGUUGAAAUCA